AUGUUCGACACAGGCAGCCCCUCCCCCCGGAGCAGCCCCAGCAGCUCUCCGUCCCUGCGGAAGCGCCUACUGCUGCCCCCCCGGACCUCCCCGGAGCUCCCUGCAGAUGCCAUGGUGGAAAAGAGCACAGAGAGUGCCCCAGAGCGGGGCCCCUUGUCCGCCCCCCUCAACUACCCGCUGAGCGCCAGGAGUUUCAUCCGCAACAACAAGAAAGCGCAAAGCUGGUACAGCAUGCUGAGCCCCACGUACAAACAGCGCAAUGAGGAUUUCCGCAGGAUCUUCAAGGGGCUGCCGGAGAGCGAGCGGCUGCUUGUGGAUUACUCCUGUGCACUGCAGCGCGACAUCCUGCUCCAGGGGCGGCUCUACCUGUCCGAGAACUGGCUCUGCUUCUACAGCAACAUCUUCCGCUGGGAGACAGCAAUCUCUGUCCCGCUGCGGGAGGUGAAAUGCCUGAAGAAGGAGAAGAUGGCCAAGCUGAUUCCCAAUGCCAUUCAGGUCUGCACUGCGGCCGACAAGCAUUUCUUCACCUCAUUUGGAGCCCGUGAUCGCUGCUUCAUGCUGAUCUUCCGCCUGUGGCAGAACGCGCUCCUGGAGAAGACGCUGUCUCCCCGGGAGCUCUGGCAUAUCGUCCACCAGGGCUACGGCGCUGAGCUCGGCCUCACCAGCGAGGACGAUGACUACGUCUGUCCUGUUCCCACUGACGAGCUCAAUGGCCUGGGGCCAGCCAGGGAGCUCAGUGACAUCAUGGAGCUGAGAGACCUGGCCUUGCCCUGCGCUGCUGACCUCAAGCUGGAGCCCAGCCCCACGUUGGCCAGGACAGCCGCUAGUCAGAGCUUCCACUCACUGGCUAGCAGCAGCGAUGGGGCCGCCUCGCUGGCAGAGGACCCCGAGGAGAAUGUGGACAGCCAGGCGGAUACUGCCUCCAACUGCACAGUGACACCGGGGCUGGAGCCCCCGAAGCCUGCGGUGCUGGGGGGGGCCCCGCUGCCUGCCCUGGGGGACCUGCUACCCCAUGAGGACCUCCCCACUGACACCAGCAACUCCUCCUCCUCCUCCUCCACGCAGGAUGAAGCGGAGGUGGACGCCUUCUCAGACCUGCCCGGGCGGCUGCUGCUAAACUGCGUCUAUUGCCUGGGGGCCGAGCGGCUGCAGCAGAUGCUCUUCAGCGACUCGCCGUUCAUGCAGAGUUUCUUGGGCCAGCGCAAGUUCACAGACGUGACGCUGACCUCAUGGAGUGGCAAGAGCAAGUGCCACCAGAGCCGUGUCCUCUCCUAUACCAUCCCCCUCAGCAACCCGCUGGGGCCUAAGGCAGCUGCUGUGGUGGAGACGCAGACCCUGUUCCGUGCCAGCCCCGAUAGCGGUGCCUGCGUGGUGGACUCGGAGGUGAUCACGCAGGGCAUCCCCUACCAGGACUACUUCUACACUGCCCACCGCUACUGCAUCAGCACGCUGGCUACAGGCACGGCCCGCCUCAGAGUCUCCUCCGAGAUCCGGUACCGGAAGCAGCCCUGGAACCUGGUGAGAGCCCUGAUUGAAAAGAACACGUGGAGCGGCGUGGAGGAGUACUUCCAGCACUUGGGGCUGGCGCUGGCACGGGCAGAGAAGACGCUGCUGGAGGAGAGUGGCCACGGGACGGAGCCGCGGGGGCUGCUGGCUGGGCUGCGCCGCAGGAAGCGCACACUGGGCUGGAGGGCCCCCCAUGCUGAGCCCACCCUGGCCACACUGCCCCCCAGCGAGACGGGGCCCCGCCCCCUGCGCCCCUCCAGCAGCCUGGCAGCCCGACUCUCCCAGCAGCUCGUGGAGCGGAGCCGGGGCCCCACCGUGUCCACCCUCAUCCUCAUCGUCAGCCUGGUGAUCUGUGUGAGCCUGCUGGUCCUGGUGGUUCUCAACGUGAUGCUGUUAUACCGGCUGUGGGCGCUGGAGCACACGGCCCGCGCCUUCCAGGCCUGGCAGGCCUCUGCACUGGCCCGAGGGAAGCUGCCUCGGACAGCAGGCGAGUGGGCCGAGGUCCUAGAGCUGCAGCGGCGUUUCCAUGGUGCCGAGGUGCAGAAGUGGAGGCGGAUCCUGGAGGCCUCUGUGGAGCUGCUGGAUGAGAUGAAGGUCUCCCUGGAGAAGCUGCACCAGGGCAUCAUGAUGGCAGAACCGCCCCCGGAGCCAGGCCAGGCUGACGCCAUCUCCUGA